UCAGAGAAAAGAGCGGAGCCGGUGUUUGUAACUCCGAGGCCGCCUAAGAACGGCUUCCUUGGCUCUCGAAAUGCCAAGACGCCUGUCGACGCCCGCCAAUGCCGGCCCCAUUUUGAACGACGCCGGAUGGAUGGAAGGGACUGCCAGGAUUGUAGAUAAGAAUAUUUACAUUGUACAAGGUGAAAUCAAUACAGUAAUAGGAGCCAUAAAACGCAGUGCAAGAUGGAGUACUCAUGUACGUUUGGAUGAAGAGCGUGAUCCCUUAUUGCACAGCUUCAGUGUUUUGAAAGAAGUUUUGAACAAUGUAACUGAACUUUCAGCCGUUGAACCUAUUGUUUUUCUUCGACCUUUUCUGGAAGUUAUUCGAUCAGAAGAUACCACAGGCCCGAUUACUGGACUAGCUCUGACAUCAGUAAACAAAUUCCUUUCGUAUGGACUAAUAGAUUCAAAUCAUGAGGGCGCAGCUGAGGGAAUGGAAAACUUGGCAGAUGCUGUAACACAUGCCCGAUUUGUGGGCACAGAUCCUGCAAGUGAUGAGGUUGUCUUGAUGAAGAUCUUGCAGGUCUUGAGGACUCUCCUCCUCGCUCCAGUUGGAGCUCAUCUCACGAAUGAAUCUGUGUGUGAAAUAAUGCAGUCUUGCUUUCGUAUAUGCUUUGAGAUGAGGCUUAGUGAGUUAUUGAGAAAAUCUGCAGAGCACACUCUGGUCGACAUGGUACAGCUGCUCUUCACAAGAUCAUCUCAGUUUAAAGAGGAGCCUAAGAGCUAUGUGGGGACCAACAUAAGAAAGUUGAAAAUGAGAGCAGGAGGAAUGAGUGAUUCAUCAAAAUGGAAGAAGCAGAAACGAUCACUAAGAAACUCUUGCCAUGUAACUAAGGUAUCUCAAGGAAUAGAACAGUCAGCUGCCAAUGGCACAGGUGAGGUCAAUAUCACUGAUGGACCUUCUCCAAUUUCAUCUGGAAAUUCAGAAAAUGUAUCUUCUAUAGUUAGUCCUGUCAUUGACAGUGGUUUAGAGUUAUCUUCCCAAAUUCGCUCAAAGGAUGAUCUUACAGAUUUACAACUUGUCAAAUCUUUGGAAAUCAGUACAACAAUGCCCUUAAAUGAGUUUAGAGCCAGAGAGCAGUUAGAACUACAGAAUGAAUGUCCUCAGAGGGAAAAGACUCCAUCUGCUUCAGUAGAAUCUAUCCCAGAGGUUCUUGAAGAGUGUACUUCUGUAACUGAUUCUGUUUCAAUUCAUGACAUGGACUAUGUUAACCCUCGAGGUGUACGAUUUACUCAGUGUUCUCAAAAAGAGGGAACAACAUUAGUCCCUUAUGGAUUGCCCUGUAUUCGUGAAUUACUGCGUUUCCUCAUCUCUCUCACUAAUCCACAUGACCGACACAAUUCUGAGGUGAUGAUCCACAUGGGUCUACAGCUACUCACAGUUGCUCUUGAAUUGACUUGUGUUGCAAACUGCCCAUCUCUCUUAGGACUUAUAAAAGAAGAAUUAUGUCGGUAUCUCUUUCAAUUAUUGAACAUGGAGCGGCUUAAUUUAUAUUCAGCUUCCCUUAGGGUUUGCUUCCUUUUAUUUGAGAAAAUGAGAGAGCAUUUGAAAUUCCAACUGGAGAUGUAUAUCAAGAAACUGAUGGAGAUCAUCACAGUGGAAAGCCCCAAGAUGAUUUAUGAAAUGAAGGAGAUGGCCCUGGAGGCUAUAGUUCAGCUAUGGAGGAUUCCUAGCUUUGUAACUGAGCUCUACAUUAACUAUGACUGUGACUAUUACUGUGCUAAUCUUUUUGAAGACCUCAGCAAGCUGCUAUCCAAGAAUGCUUUUCCUGUUUCUGGACAACUGUACACUACUCAUUUGCUGUCACUUGAAGCAUUGUUGACAGUGACUGAUCAAAUUGAAGCACGGUGCCAAGCCAAAGUACUCAGAGGCAUAUAUCAGCAAGAAAAAGAAAUACUAAAACCAAAUACAGAAAUUGCCAAUAUCAUUAGAGGAGCAAUUACUGAAGAACUGCAAACAAAACUUAAAUCAUCCACUGCAGAAUUACCAGAGACAUGUUCAUCGAGUAAUGACUGCUUGGUGACCUCUCACUUGAAACAGCAAGACUGUCUGAAUUCAGAUAUGGAAAAUGAUACAGCAGAAAAGAUCAUCCCAAGAAAGCCUACUCGAUUUUCCUGCUUCCUACCCAGAACACAAGAACUGAUAAUGAUUAAGAAUAAAAAAAAGCUCUUGGUAAGUGGUUCAGAGCACUUCAAUCAAAAACCAAAAAAAGGAAUACAGUUUCUUCAGGAGAAAAAUCUCUUGGCUACCCCAAUGGAUAACAAUCAAGUGGCCAAGUGGCUGAGAGAAAAUCCUAAACUGGACAAGAAAAUGAUUGGGGAAUUUGUGAGUGAUCGAAAAAAUGUUGAUUUGCUGGAUAGUUUUGUCAGGACUUUCCAUUUCCAGGGUUUACGACUAGAUGAAGCUUUACGACUCUACCUAGAAGCCUUUCGUUUGCCAGGAGAAGCUCCUGUGAUUCACAGGCUAUUGGAAGCCUUUACAGAACAUUGGCAUAAAUCAAAUGGGACUCCAUUUGCUAACAGUGAUGCCUGUUUUGCUCUAGCCUAUGCAGUUAUUAUGCUGAACACUGAUCAGCACAAUCAUAAUGUUCGCAAGCAGAAUGUACCUAUGACAUUAGAGGAAUUCCGAAAAAAUCUGAAAGGAGUAAAUGGUGGCAAAGAUUUUGACCAAGAGAUGUUAGAAGAUAUAUAUUAUGCUAUCAAAAAUGAAGAGAUCGUGAUGCCCGAUGAGCAGACAGGUUUAGUAAAAGAAAACUAUGUAUGGAGUGUGUUGUUGCAUCGUGGAGCUACUGAAGAAGGAGUCUUUCUGCAUGUUCCAUCUGGCAGCUAUGAUCAUGACCUCUUUGCCAUGACCUGGGGACCUACUGUUGCAGCUCUUUCCUAUGUUUUUGACAAGAGCUUAGAUGAAACAGUCAUCCACAAGUCUAUUUCUGGUUUCAGAAAAUGUGCCAUGAUCUCUGCUCAUUAUGGCCUCAGUGAUGUUUUUGACAACCUCAUAAUUUCUCUCUGUAAAUUCACAGCCCUAAGCAGUGAGUCAAUUGAGAAUUUGCCAACAGUUUUUGGAAGCAAUCCAAAAGCCCACAUUGCAGCAAAGACGGUGUUCCACUUGGCUCAUCGACAUGGUGAUAUUUUACGAGAGGGCUGGAAAAACAUAAUGGAGGCAAUGUUGCAACUUUUCAGAGCAGAAUUAUUGCCAAAAGCCAUGGUGGAGGUUGAAGAUUUUGUAGAUCCCAAUGGCAAGAUCUGUCUUCAGCGAGAGGAAACACCUUCUAAUCGUGGUGAGUCUACAGUGCUCAUUUUUGUUAACUGGCUGACACUCAGUGGCACAGAACAAUCUGGUAUGAGAGGACCAUCCACAGAGAAUCAGGAAGCAAAGAAAAUGGCCCUGGAAUGUAUAAAGCAAUGUGAUCCAGAGAAGUUAAUCACUGAGAGCAAGUUUCUGCAACUUGACUCCCUGCAGGAAUUAAUGAAGGCUCUCAUAUCUGUGUCUCCUGAUGAGGAAACUUAUGAUGAAGAAGACUGUGCUUUCUGUUUGGAGAUGCUUUUGAGGAUUGUGCUGGAAAAUAGGGAUCGUGUGACUUUUGUUUGGCAGGCAAUGCGAGAUCAUCUUUACCAUUUAUGUAUUAAUGCUAUGGAAUACUGUUGUUUAGUGGAAAGAGCAGUAGUAGGUCUAUUGAGACUGGCAAUCCGACUUCUGCGCAGAGAAGAAAUAAGUGCCCAGGUGUUGCUCUCCUUGCGAAUCUUGCUCAUGAUGAAACCCAGCAUGUUAAACAGGGCAAGUCAUCAGAUUGCAUUUGGCCUUCAUGAGCUUCUCAAGACUAAUGCUGCCAAUAUUCACUCUGGAGAAGACUGGUACACACUCUUUACUCUCUUGGAAUGCAUUGGUUCUGGGGUGAAACCACCCCCAGCGCUGCAACCUACAAGAACAGAGAAUGAUACAGGAGCUCAAUCAGACAGUGAGAUCUCCUACCAUCCAAAUGAAACCAGCCUAGAUCGUGGCUACACUUCUGAUUCAGAGGUAUAUGCAGAUCACAGCAAGCAAGGUAAAUUGCAUCGUUCUGUCACUGAUGUAGAUGUGGUGAACAGUGGCUGGCUUGUGGUUGGGAAAGAUGACAUUGAUAAUUCAACCAUGGCUGGACUUUCCAGACUAGGCAAUUCUCCCCUUGUGAAUCAGUAUAGUCUGACUGUGGGAAUGGACCUGGGUCCUCAUAAUACCAAAUCUCUCAUGAAGUGUGUUGAGUCCUUAUCUUUUAUUGUGAGAGAUGCAGCUCAUGUAACCCCUGAGAACUUUGAGCUGUGCGUCAAAACAAUCCGCAUCUUUGUGGAAGCCAGUCUAAAUGGAGGAUGUAAAUCCCAGGAGAAAAGAGGAAAAAAUCAUAAAUAUGAUUCCAAAUCAGCACGGUUUAAGAAGAAAGCAAAGGAAAACUCUCUGAGACAUUUUAAAAUUUCCAGCCAACAUCAGCAUCGUUCCACUAGUGAAGAUGAGGAUGAGGAUGAGAGUGUCCCUGCCAGCUAUCAUACUGUAUCUUUACAGGUUAGUCAAGACCUGUUGGAUCUAAUGCAUACCCUUCAUACACGAGCUGCUACCAUCUACAGUUCUUGGGCGGAAGAGCAGCAGCAUCUGCAAACUCCAGAGAAGAAAAUAGAAGCAAAUUCUCGAGCAUUAUGGCUCAAUUGUUGGUGCCCAUUGUUGCAAGGCAUUGCUUGUUUGUGUUAUGAUGCAAGACGACAAGUACGGAUGCAGGCACUGACCUACCUGCAGCGGGCUCUUCUUGUGCAUGAUUUACAAGCUCUCGAUGCUUUGGAAUGGGAAUCCUGUUUCAAUAAGGUUCUGUUUCCUUUGUUGACCAAACUUCUGGAAAAUAUUAGCCCAGCAGAUAUUGGAGGGAUGGAAGAGACCAGAAUGAGAGCUUCAACUCUACUCUCCAAGGUCUUCUUGCAACAUUUGUCCCCACUCCUCUCUCUCCCAACAUUUGCUGCUUUAUGGCUGACAAUAUUGGAUUUCAUGGAUAAAUACAUGCACGCUGGCUCCAGUGACUUGUUGCCAGAAGCCAUCCCUGAAUCACUGAAGAAUAUGCUGCUAGUAAUGGACACAGCUGGGAUAUUCCAUAAUGCUGAUUCACGAACAGGCUACUCAGAUCUAUGGGAAAUCACCUGGGAGCGCAUAGACUGCUUUUUGCCAAAACUACGAGAUGAACUCUUCAAACAGACAGUCAUCCAAGACCCAGUUUCUACCUUACCAGUAGAAGUACAUUCUCCAAAACCAUCAAUAUCUGCUCAGACCCAUUCCUCUGAAGAGGAUUCCAGACCAUCUACUCAUUCAGUAUCAUCUGAGAAGUUUCCAGAACUACCAGCCAGUGAUUCUGAGAAUGCCUGCAUUUCCAGUCACUUUGGAUCACAUUUUGCCUCUCCAGCAACACCUGGAAAGAUGAACCUGGCUACAGAUAUUCCUCCAGCAGUGGCACAGCAGCCUCUUAUUCUUCAACCACUAGCUUCCCCCUUACAAGUGGGAGUGCCACCUUUGUCUCUGCCUAUAAUUCUGAACCCAGCUCUCAUAGAGGCAACCUCCCCUGUACCUCUUUUGGCUACCCAGCAGUCUACUGACUCCAUCACAAUUUCUGAAAUAAAUUAAAG